AUGGCAAUAGGUGUAUCGUUUCCCACACACACUGUAUGCGACUGGCACUAUGAGGAGUGUAAGUUGUCACGGUCGGGUCCACCUGCCACUAUAGUCACCAUUGAUGAGGAAAGUCCAAAUGGUACCGUUCUUGUGGAAAACAUGCAGAUCAAUGGUCGUGCUCAGGAUCCAGAUAGAACCAUCUCCUUGACGCUGCUGGACAACUAUGAUUACUGGGUUAUCCUUGACCCUGCGCUGCAGAGACUGUAUCUCAACAGCACUGGACGAGUGCUGGACCGAGACCCACCCAGUUACAUCACCACCAUCGUGGUUCAGAUUCAGUGCACCAAUGAGCUGGUGGGAACAGUUAUUCUGCAUGAAGUACGGAUAGUGGUGAGGGACAGAAAUGACAACACACCUCGUUUCCAGCAGCCUCGUUACUAUGUAUCAGUUAAUGAGCUCUCUCCCGUCGGUACCACCAUCUUCACCGGCUUCUCAGGAAACAAUGGAGCCAUGGACAUCGAUGACGGACCAAACGGACAGAUCGAAUAUGCCAUUCAGUACAACCCAAAUGACCCGAUGUCAAACAGGACUGUGCGUGUUGCUGGGACUCUGUCUGGUAACAUUGUUUUGGCAGAACGGCUGAACUAUGAGGAGAGAACUCGCUAUCUAAUUAUAGUCCAGGCCAAUGACCGGGCUCCGUAUCCGGGAACUCGUCGCACGGCAACCACUACUCUAACUCUGGAUGUUUCGGAUGGAGAUGAUCUGGGUCCCAUGUUCCUCCCAUGUGUUCUGGUCAGCAACACACAGGACUGUAACCCUAUCACAUACCGUCUGGCCAUUCCUGAGCUCACUGACCCGAGUAAACUGAACCCUCUGAAUGUGACACCUCCCAUUCGAGCCAUUGACCAGGACAGAAACAUCCAGCCGCCCUCAGACAGACCCGGAAUUCUGUACUUCAUACUGGUUGGUCAACCUGCUACAUACCCAGAAUUCUUCUCACUCAACAGGAGCACGGCUGAGCUGCGGCUGCUGAAGCCUGUGGACAGAGAGCUGUACCAGCGCUUCAAUCUUGUCAUUAAGGCCGAGCAGGAUAACAGUCACCCUCUUCCUGCAUACGCUAACCUGCAGAUUGAAAUUCUGGAUGAGAACAAUCAGGCGCCAUAUUUCCAGCGCUCCUCGUACCAGGGCUUCAUCAGUGAGUCUGCCUCGGUUGGCACCACCAUCUCAGGGAGCACCAACCUCACGGCCCCGCUGGGCAUCAUCGCACUGGACAACGACAUAGAAGAGACAAAAGAUCCUCAGCUGAAGAUCACUCUGAAUGACCACACCUCCAUCUUCUCCAUCACAUCUACUGGCAUCACACGCUACCUUACUCUGCUGAAACCAGUGGACCGAGAGAUACAGACCAACUACACCUUAACGCUGACGGCUCAGGACGCUGACGCUGGUUUAAACGGCCUCAUCACAUACAUCAUCCUGGCUGGAGAUCAAGGCGAUUUCAUCAUCAACAACCGCACAGGACGACUCACGUUAGCACCAGGGGUCACGCUGAGCGUCGGCCGUUCCUACGCACUGACCGUCAGAGCGUCAGACAACGCUCCCGACCCCGAGAGGAGGAGCUCCAUAACUACGGUCUAUAUAGAGGUUCUGCCACCCAACAAUCAGAGUCCACCACGAUUCCCCAUACAGACCUACAACCUGGAGAUCAGCGAGGCCAUGAGGAUAGGAGCCAUACUGUUAAAUCUGCAGGCUACAGACCGUGAGAUGGAUCCGAUCACCUAUCAGAUAGCAAGCGGUGACCCGCAGCAGGUCUUCAACCUUUCACGAACUAUAGGUCUUCUGCUGCUGGCCAAACCUCUGGACAGAGAGACCAUCGACCAGUAUCGCCUCAUCGUCACGGCAUCUGAUGGCCACCCAGGAGGGAUUUCCACAGCCACUGUCAGCAUUGUCAUCACGGAUGUUAAUGACAAUGACCCCACCUUCGACCUCACUCUUCCCAGAAAUCUGACCGUGAGGGAGGAAGAGGCCAAUGUGCUCGUGGGUCAAGUCAGGGCCACCGAUCCUGAUGGCGGGCUCAACGGUCAGGUCCGAUACCGUUUGCUCUCCUUUGUGUCUCUGUUCACCAUAAACGCCACGGGCAGCAUCUUCACUGCGGUUCCGUUGGACCGAGAGACACGGAGCUGGUACGAUCUGAUCGUGGAGGCGUCAGAUGGAGCAGUGGACCCCCGCAGGACCACCAUCACACUGCUGGUGGAGGUGACAGACAUCAAUGACAACAGCCCUGUGUUUUCCCAGCCCAUCUACACUGUCAACGUCCCAGAAAACACCCCAGCUGGAACCGUCAUCCUGAGACUCAGUGCGGUGGAUGCCGAUCUCGUCUCUAACGUGACCUACAGAAUAAAAACAGAAGCCGCUCGGCAGCUCUUCACCGUGAACCGUCUGACUGGCGCCGUAUCAGUCCUGCAGGCUCUAGACUUUGAGGACUUGGCAGCAGGCAACAGCACCUACACAUUUGAAGUGGAGGCGUUAGAUCACGGAGGAGUCCUCCUUCCUGGCACAGCCACAGUCAUCGUUAGAAUCACGGAUAUGAAUGAUUUCUCCCCGGUCUUCAGACAGACACUUUAUAAAGGGAUGGUGGCUCCAAAUGCAGAGAAGGGGACAGUCAUCACAACUGUGCUUGCAGAAGAUCAAGACCCUCCGGGUAUGCCUGCCAGUAAAGUGCGCUACAGAGUGGAUCAGGAUCUGUCUCCGUACAGUGGAAGUAUCUUUGAUGUGGAGACAGACACAGGACGAGUUAUCACCAAAGUCAACCUGAAUGAGCAGCCCAAUGCCGUCUUCAGGCUGGUGGUCAUCGCCUAUGACGACGGAGAGCCGGUGAAAAUGAACAGAACUACAGUCGAAAUCACUGUGCUUCAGCCCUCCAGGAUUCCCAUCUUCACCGAGGAAGAGUACAG